UAAACUGUCGUCGUUUGACGGUUGCCGGAGCGUGAUUUGAUCGUAAAAUAAUAUUUUACAUUCAUUAAAAUUCCUAUUUUAUAAUUUACUUGGCUCUAACUAAAUCCCAGGUAAAUGUGACUUAAUGUUACCAAUGCCGUGUAGGGUAUGUUUACAAUAUAAAUCUACUCAGUGGUAUAAAAUUAAUCGAAACAUGUGAUACAAUGCUACAAAUGUUUGUUAUCCUGUAUAGAGGAGUUUACACGAAUUGGAUUCAUAACAUUUUAUAGUAAUAUUGCAGAUAUGGAGACUUGCUGUUCACGGUUCACUGCAGCUGAAGGUGGUGCGAGACUGGCAGCGGUAGCCAGCAUUAAGAAUUCAAUCAUCACUGAACACUGCACAUUUGUAGCUACGAGGCUGCUGCAUGAAGAUGCUUAUAAGAUUAGAGGAUUGCUCAGUGAAGGUCGUCAACGGUCAGUAUUCGUAACUCGAGCGUCACGUAUCGCCUAUGUCGCGUAUGAACUAGGAAUCCUAACUGAUCUAGCGAUAACUAAGGCUGUAGAGUAUGAAGAUGUGACAGACUGGAAGGUGCAUUUAGAGGAGAAAGAAGUGAUAGUAUGUACAUCAAGAAUAUUAAAGUGUGUUCUAGAAGAUGGCUACCUCAGUAUGCGUGAUAUCAACGUAUUAGUUAUAGACAGUUGUCAUUUGAUAUCUACCGAUGAUGAUUUGAAAUAUGUUAUGCGUCUAUACAAAGAGUGUACAGAUAAUAGGCCUAGAUUACUAGCUCUUACGUAUCCUAUAUUUACGUCCAUAAAUAAUGAAAACGAGGCAACUAAUAUUAGAGAGAAUAAGUCUGAUUUGACACAAAUAGAUUCAUCGAAUAUUCAUAAAACUGUUCUUGUGAACGAAAUAAUUGAAAUCACAGAUAUCGAAGAAACAGAUUUAAAAGCAGAGAAAACAAACACGGAUGAUGAAAAUAAUGAAGUUGACAAUUCUGUUAUAGAUAAUACAAAUGAAAGAGAGACUAACAAUACCAUAGAUAAAAUAAAUAAUGUUCAAUUAAAAGAUGAAAUACUUAUGGAUGAUGAAAAAAUAGAUUUGUUAGAAAAGGAAAGUACUAGAGAAAAAGAUACAAUAUCAAGUACAGAGAUAGAAAAAGGUAUAAAAGAGAAAUCAACGGAGAAAGAGGAAGUAAAAGAUUUAGGUGUUUAUAAGAAUGUGGAUGAUUUUGAAAUGUAUGAAAAAUUGGGAUGGAAAAUUGAAGAAUUGGAGAAAGAGUUGAAUUGCGAAAUGGAUUUAGCGGAAGAUAUUGAUGGCGGGAAAAGACUAUCAACGACGAUUUCAAAACCCAAAGAAGUUAUAAUAGAAUACUCUAAACAAAUUUCAUUGGAGAAUCUUCCAGAAGUUUACAAAGAACUGGAUUUGUUCAUGAGAAAAACAAUACAAGACGGAAUUGAUUUUAUAAAUGAACAUAGAUACGAUCCAUCAGAAAUAUACGGAGAUGAAUUAUAUGAGGAAUUUAUCAAUAUACCGGACCCUACUAAAGAACCAAAGGAGAUAUUUGCUCAAUUUUUAUACAUUUUGAAUGAAUUAGGUCCAUAUGCAGCCGAUAAAGCGGCGUUCUCUUUACUCGCCAAAUUAGAGAAAUUAAAAAUAAAAGUACCAUAUGAAAGACAUUUUCUCUUAUUAUGCAUGUGUACAACAAUAUUUAUAAAGAUACGAGGAUAUGUGGACAAUGUUUUCUCAAAGUAUACUUCAGAUUGGGAUAAAAUUAAAUUAUUCUGCACACCGAAGGUUCUACGAUUAGCUGAGAUAUUGGAACAAUUUAAACCAAACGAAAGUGAACAAAAAGAAUCAAACGAUAGUCCGACAAAUGAUUGUAUAAAUGAAACGGAUCAUAAAUUAAAUGAAACGGCUGAAAUAAAUGAAAUUAAUCUAACAAGAUAUGACUCUGAUUGUAAGAAUGAAUCAAAUCAAUCAACAAAUGAAAAUAGUCCUACAAUAAAUGAAAACGAUCACAAAAUAAAUGAAACUGAACUAACAAGGGAUGUAACUAAUCUGACAAUAAAUGAAACUGAUCAUAAAAUAAAUGAAAUUACAACAAAAACCAAACAAAUGUUGAAUGUUAUAGAAAAAUGUGAUUUUAAAACUCUUGGUAAUAAAAUUGAAGAUAAAGUGAAUACUUAUGAAUCUAAUUUAAAAGAAAUAAUACUUUUUAGUUCAAGUGAUAAAAAUUUAAACAAUAAAAGUAAUUUAAAAGUGAAAGUGGAGGAAUAUAAAAGUGUAAGGGGUAGGCAGAGGGUGAGGGGGAGGCCGAGGGUGUUGAAAAAUAACUCUGUUAGGGUCCAAUUGAACCAGAAUCCGGAUGCUUUGUGUGGGAUUAUGUUUUUAAGAGAACCUUUGAUGGCGAAGAUCUUGUUUAUGAUUAUUGUGGAUAUGUCUCGCUGUCGUCAGUCACUGAGUUACAUCUGCGCUCAGUACUGCGCGGUGGAGGUCGCUGGGGAGCUGCAGGAAUGCCAACGGCAAAGCAGAAAACAAGAAGAUGUACUAAAGAAGUUCCGUAUGCACGAAUGUAAUCUACUCCUAGCCACCCCAACUCUGGAAGAAGGGAUUGAUUUGCCUCGUUGCAAUCUUGUUUUACGCUGGGAUGUUCCACCUUCGUAUCGUUCUCACGCGCUGUGCCGCGGCCGGGCUCGGGCUCCGCGCUCCUCUCUCGCGCUGUUGGCGGAGUCUCCGCACCACAGCACCAUGUUACUGCACCAUCUCGCUAUAUACAGAGAACUUGAUCAAAUAGUAACAAGGAAAUGUGGUUGCGGUAUUCAAGAUGAGCCUACGAGUGAGGAAGAAAGUAUAGCUGAUGAUUUCACAGCUAUUAUAAAAGCUUAUACACCUAUGGAAUAUAAAAUAACACAAACAAACAUAAACGAAACAACAGAUGACAAAGAAAUCAAACAUAAAGAAUCUAGAAAUGAAAUAAGUAAUAAUGAAACGGAACUAAUAGAAUCUAUACAAUUAGAUAAGAUUGAAGGUGAAAAUGAAAUAGAAAGAGACAAAGAUAUAACUGGAAGUAAUGAAAUGGAAGUAGAAAUUGAUUUAGAAAGAGAUGGAGAUACUACAAAUGAAACAGAAAGAGAUGUAAAUACAAAUGGAAAUGGAAUAAUAAAAGAUGCAAUAGAAUUAAAUGAAAUUAAUAGUGAAAAUAAAGAAUGUGAUAUUGUAAUGGGCAAUGAAGUAAAUAGGACAAUAAAGAAAAGUGAUUCCGAUAGUAUUGCGAGUGUUGAUUUAAGUACAGCGAUUGCACUUAUUAACAGAUAUUGUGGUAAGUUACCAUCGGACACUUUCACUCGCCUGGCCCCGCAGUGGUGGCUGGAGGAGGUGCAGCUGCCGGACAGAGAGGGCAACAUGAAGAAGGCAUAUAUCUGCACUCUUCGCUUACCUCUCAACUGCCCCGUCAAGUAUAAUAUUGUGGGUCAUCCGAUGCCAACGCGUGUGUUAGCGCGCCGAAUGGUGGCAUUACAAGCUUGCAGGAUAUUGCACAAAAGUGGAGAACUUGACAACCAAUUGAUGCCCAUUGGGAAAGAAAACUUCAAAGCUGUAGAACUGGAGAGUACAAGCAGUAACUGUAAUGGAAUAGAACCUAUGGACCCGAAUGACUCUGCGCGACCUGGAACUACAAAACGACGCCAGUAUUAUUAUAAACGGACAGCGGGCGCGUUCACUGACUGUCAGCCAGUUGUUGACGCAACUGAUGAAGAGAUUGACAACUCAGUUAACUAUGACCCCUCCCAGAGACAGUCCACACCUGGUGAGAAAAGGAACACCCUGUACGCGAUAGACUCUCGCCUGUGGUGCGCGUUGCCGGAGCGCUACAACACGCGCGGGCGGCGGCUGCACGCGCCGCAGCACGCCGCGCAGGCGAUAGGCAUACUGAUGGCCAGGCACCGGCCUGACAAGUUACAGAUUCCAGCAUUCCCAGUUUACACAAGAUCUGGUGAGGUUCGCGUAUCAGUAGAAUUGGCUAAAGAAGCAGAUGUAAGAUUGUCACCUAGACGAGCUCGUUUGGUCAGAAGAUUCAUGCGUUUCGUAUUCUCCGAUGUACUGAGGGUCCGAAGACGUGGUAUGAAACUUCAAAGCGAAGGUUCCACGCAUAAUAAUUAUUAUAUUGUGCCUACGGUUAAAACUAUAAACGAAGAUGGGACCUCAAAAGUGGACAUAGACUGGUCGUUCUUGGAGUUAAUAUUUAAACAUACGGAAGAAAAGAGAAAUCUCGAAGUUGAAAAGCCAAUUUUCUUCCAACAAGAAGACGAAGAGGAGGAGAUAGAAGAGAAGAAAGUUGAAAGCCAUGGGAAGGGUAAGGACGACAAGGUAAAGAAGAUGGAUAAUCCCCUGCUUAAGGAAGGGGAAACUUUUACUUUCGAUCCAGAGAAAUAUAAAGAAGCCGUGGUAACGCCUUGGUAUAGGAAUCAAGAUCAACCACAGUUCUUCCUAGUGGCGGAGAUAUGUUGGAACCUGACGCCGGAGUCUGCGUUCCCUUCCAACACGCACACCACCUUCAGGGACUACUACAGCAGCAAGUACGGCGUCACCCUCACGCAGCUCAACCAGCCGCUGCUGGAUGUGGACCACACCAGCGCCAGGCUUAACCUGCUUACACCCAGAUACGUGAACCGCAAAGGAGUAGCUCUUCCCGUGUCUUCGGAGCGCACGCGACGUGCGAAGAGAGACAGACUGGACCAAAAACAGAUACUGGUGCCGGAGUUGUGCAGGGUACAUCCCUUCGCUGCACCGCUGUGGUUCGCCACCGUGGCUCUACCCUGUGUAUUAUACAGGAUAAACGCCCUACUAAUAGCCGAUGAGAUUCGACGCGCGGUCUCCAUAGAUGUAGGUUUAGGGAUUCCCAAAAUAGACGACACGACCUGUCCCGGCUUCCAAUGGCCGCCGCUGGACUUCGGAUGGAGUUUAGCUGAGGUUUUGAGUGCGGAUUCUGAAAAAGGAGACAAGAAGAAAGGAGAUUAUGAUGAUGAAGAAGACAGUGAAAAAGAACAAACGGAAUUGAGGGCUAUAGAAGAAAAGAUACAAGAGGAAGGGGAUAGUGAGCCAGAGGAAGACAAGGAAAAGACAAUCAAUGAUAUAUUACAAGAGAAAGAAGAUGCUGAAAAUGGGUUUGAAAUCGGCACUUGGAGUAACGAUAUGGCAUCUUGUAUACCAGAGACAGUGGACUUUGAUGAAUAUUUAGAACCUCUGCCUUCGAACCUUACUUUCUGUACUUCAGCCUCCGGUGGUGCAAAUUGGAACUGUCCAAUAGAGAAGCCGAAACAAUAUGGUGCUUCGAGAACAUUCUCUGUAGCGGAUAGUGAUUGUUCUUAUAUGUCCAGUGACUUUGACACGGAAGAUUCAGAUAUGAAUUCAGAAGGAAGCGACGAGGAGACAGACGCGAGUGGAUUUUGCAGCAGCAAGAAUUCUAAUGCGGCGAUGGGUGUGCGUAUAGAAUACAAGACAGCGCACGAGGCGGAGGCGGUGGACGUGGAGCGCGCUCGCCGCGGGCCCGCGCCGCCGCAGCGCAGCGCGCAGGACGACAUCCAAGACAUGCAUGCUCACACCGACUGGCUGAGAGACGCACAACCGCCCACACAGUAUAUUGAAAAGUUUCGAGAAUCCGUCAAACAACAUGAAAAGGAUAUAAUAAACAAUGAACUACUUAUAGAAAAAGAUAAACCGAUUAUCGAUUUAUUACCCGAUGUAUCGAAAGACAUCGAUAAGAAAACAUCGAAAUCGAUUGAAAAUAUCGAUAUUUCAGAAAUAUUUCCAUACACUAAUGAUGAAAUAAUAAUAGAAAACGGUCAAAUAACAAUAGAUAGCAUAGAAAAGAAUAAACGUCGUCUUCUAGAAGGAUUAAAGAAGAACUUACUUCUAGAAGAUGUGAAGAAGAUGAAUUGUUUCUCGAUGAAAGAUGUUAAUAUCGAUUCUCCAGAUUAUGUUAAUGAGAAAUUAGUGAAUGUUGGUUUUGAUAGUAAAGAUAGCUACAAAGAGAAAAUAGACAAAUGGAAACAAAAUGAUUUGAAACCUUAUUAUCAAGACGUUAAGGUUCAAGAUGGUUUUGAUUUUGAUUAUCAACCCGAAUUAGACGGACAUCCGGGGCCGAGUCCUAGUGUUAUUUUACAGGCGUUAACAAUGUCGAAUGCUAACGACGGCAUCAAUUUGGAGCGUCUAGAGACGAUAGGAGACAGUUUCCUGAAGUUCGCGAUAACUGCGUAUUUGUACUGCGCACAUCCUACAGUACAUGAGGGGAAAUUGAGUCAUAUGAGAAGUAAACAGGUAUCAAACUUGAACCUAUACCGGCUGGGGCGCGGUAAGAGGCUGGGCGCGCGCAUGACGGCCUCCAAGUUCGAGCCGCACGACAACUGGCUGCCGCCCUGCCACCGCGCGCCGCACACGCUGCACCACAAACAGCCGGAAGUUCAAGAACAAGCAAUGGGUGACGGUGCCGUAGAUAAUGCGGGAUGUUUUAUACCAUAUAAUUUGAUCACACAACAUAGUAUACCAGAUAAAUCGAUAGCAGAUUGUGUGGAAGCACUAAUUGGUGCGUAUCUACUGGAGUGUGGUCCGCGAGGCGCGCUACUGUUCAUGUCGUGGCUCGGCAUACGAGUGUUGCCCCGACACGAUAUACUGAUAGAGGAUAACCAUCCUUAUGUUGUAGCACAUAAGGAUAAUACUCCUGUGCUUGAGAAAUCACCAUCACCACCGACUAAGCGUCAGCAACGUACGUCAGAGUCAGAUUCUGACUUCGAUGAUGAUGAUGAUGAGGAAGACGCAGGAGAUCAGAUCCAGCUGGAGCUCGGUCCCGAGGACUGGAGCUGGGCGGGGCGCGCUGUCGGCUCUCUUAAACCUUAUAAGAAGAAUGGUGUUUGGUAUCAGCCUAUCUUCGGAGAACUGAGAGCUCCGCCUUCACCACUUUUAAGAUAUAUUGAAGAUCCUGAAGGAGAAUUAGAACAGAUGCUUUCUGGGUAUGAAUCCCUGGAGCGCACGCUGCAGUACCGGUUCCGGGACCGCUCGCUGCUGCUGCAGUCGCUGACGCACGCCUCGCACCACACCAACAGGCUGACUGACUGCUACCAGCGACUGGAGUUCCUGGGUGACGCUAUACUGGAUUAUCUAAUAACAAGACAUUUGUACGAGGACGCGAGGCGACAUUCUCCGGGCGCGCUCACAGACCUCAGAUCAGCGUUAGUUAACAACACGAUAUUCGCCACAUUAGCGGCAAGGCAUGGAUUCCACAAAUAUUUUCGACACAUGUCGCCCGGUUUGAACGAAGUUUUGACGAAAUAUGUCAAAAUACAAGAAGAAAAUGGUCAUUCUAUCAGCGAAGAGCAUUAUUUAAUACAUGAAGAUGAGAUGGAACAAGCAGAAGAUGUGGAGGUUCCGAAAGCUUUGGGAGACCUUUUUGAAUCUAUCGCUGGAGCUAUAUUUCUAGAUUCAGGGAUGUCUCUGGGAGCGGUGUGGCGGUCGUACGUGCGGCUGAUGGGUGCGGAGCUGGAGGCGUUCAGUGCGGCCGCGCCCAAGUCGCCCGUCAGAGAGCUGCUCGAAGCUGAACCCGAUACCGCCAAGUUUGGUAAACCAGAACGUCUCGCGGACGGUCGUCGUGUCCGCGUGUGUGUGGAGGUGUUCGGUCGCGGCGCGUUCAAGGGGGUAGGCAGAAACUAUCGCAUCGCUAAAGGUACCGCAGCGCGAUGUGCGUUACGACAUCUUAAAAUACAUAGAACCAGGUAGAUAAAAUAUAAGGAUUAUUCCCAACCGUCACCCCGAUCUGUCCCCACCUGAGAAUUAAGUCAUCCGUUCCACCUUUUGCGACGAGGGGACGGUUGACACUUUUUAUUGCUCAACGGCCCCAUCUGUCAUCUUAUUGGUGAUAGUGGGACUAAAAGGUGGGACGGAUGAAGCUUAUACUCACGUGGGGACAACGCGUGGUGACGGUUGGGAAUAAUCCGAAUAUAAAACAACAUAUUAAAAUAGAAGUAUAUAAGCAAAUAUGAUUUAUGCCCGGUUUCCCAGUUACUUUUUUAAUGUUUUUGAUUUAAUUUCAUGAAAUGACUUUCCUAAAGUAAUUUAAGUUUUUCUCUGUUGAUAUUUCGUUCAACUUAACACUGUUAAAUUACUAAGCAAUGAUAAUGGAAACUUCAGAAACCCAGCAUAAGUCCAAUUUUUAAACUAACUAGGUUUAAAAAUUGUGUUUAAGCGUGUUUGCUUUUAUAUCCAAAUUUCGUGGAUAUAUACAAAUAUUGUAAAGAAUGAUAUAUUUGUAUUUUUAUAUGUAUUGAACAAACCUGAGCAUAUAAAG